AUGUCUCGCCAUCAUCCAGAUCUAGUCAUGUGCCGCAAGGCGCCGGGCAUCUCAAUCGGCCGUCUCUGCGACAAAUGCGACGGCAAAUGCCCCGUGUGCGACUCGUACGUGCGGCCCACCACCCUCGUGCGCAUCUGCGACGAAUGCUCCUUUGGAAACUACCAGAACAAAUGUAUCGUCUGCGGCGGCGAGGGCAUCAGUGACGCUUUUUAUUGUUUCGAAUGUACCAGACUCGAAAAGGACAGAGACGGGUGUCCGAAGAUUAUCAAUUUGGGAAGCUCGAGAACGGAUCUGUUCUACCAGAAGAAGAAUUUCAGGAAUCAACAAUAUUAA